GAUGAUGAAAACUCGUUUAACUUACCAUUGAAGAAACCUCAGCAUAUCGGUCUUAUUGUUAGUGAAACCGAAUUUCUAACUAGCAGCAGGAAUUUCUAGUUCCAAGAAAUUAUUUACACACAAGAUGCCCCAGUCUAAUGAAAAAGCAAACAGCAACCAUGAUUUUGAAGAUAAUAAAUCAAACAACACAGGAGCAAGUUCUUUACCGUCAAUUGAUUCACGUUUCAAGAAUUUUGGACACAAAAAUACAAUCAUCGAUGAAGAUGGAUACAAGAUAAAAGUAUUUAAAAUAACUGAUCAACUCAAAAUUCCCUUAGAGAAUUGGGAAAAAUACAUAAGAAAAGAAGCAAAAUACUUUUUGUCAAUGAUUUUUCGACACAUGUACCCUUCUGAGGAAGAUCGUGCAAGAAAAUGUAUCAAAGCUCACUCAACGAAGGUUAUACCAAACAAAAAAACUGUAGAAAGCCUUUUGAUUUACUUAAACUCGAUAUUUUAGACAGUACGUACAUAUAUUAUCAUUCCAACCGUUCUCCAUUAUAUAUAUAUAAUUCAUUAAUCCAUUAUUUAUAAAUAAUUCCUUGCGCAGGAUGUCUUUUAUAUUUUAAAAAGAAAAGAGGCCAAGCAAAACCAUCUAUGAAAGACUUAUCAAUUGAAAGAAAUUCUUACUUGACGGAAGAAAUCAAUGCUUAUAUUCAGAGUAUGCGCAAAAAAGUCAACGUGCAGUAAUGUAUGCAAGAAGUUAUUAUUAGAUUUAAGUACAAAUCGUACUUUAACAUUUUUUUUUCUUUUAGUAAUAGUUGUUCCUCUUUAGUCUAUUCACAGUCGAUAUUUAUAUUUCAAAUGUUUUUUAUAAUGUAAAAUAAUCAUCUAUGUGGCUACUCA